AUGUCCAACGCAGCCGACCUGCACGAGAAGGCGCGCCGCGCGUCGCACACCAAGGCCGAGCUCGAGCGGCACACGAGCGUCGAGAAGACCGCCGUCGGCGUGUCUGUUUCUGCUGUGGAUGACACCGAGCUCGCCGACGCCGAGGAUGCGAUCCUCGCCGAGAGCGAGUUUACGAAGGAGGAGUACCGCCGCUUGGUGUGGAAGAUUGACUUGAUUCUGAUGCCAAUCCUCAUGAUUCUGUACGGCCUGCAGUACAGCGACAAGACGUCGCUCUCCUCGGGGGUCGUGUUCGGCCUGGUCAAGGACACGCACCUCGUCGGGAACCAGUAUGCGAACCUCACGUCCUUCUUCUACAUGGCCUACGGCGUCGCCCAGAUCCCGAUGGGAUAUCUCAUGCAGCGCUUCCCCCUCGGCCGCGCGCUGAGCGUGUGCAUCGUGCUCUGGGGUGGCAUGGUCAUGCUCCUCGCCGCAUGCAACAACUAUGCUGGCCUAGCGGCCGUGCGCACCUUCCUCGGCUGGUUCGAGGCGGUCGUCACCCCUGGAUUCGCGGUGCUCACAGCAAGCUGGUACCUGCGCUCCGAGCAGACGCUGCGCCAGGGAAUGUACUACGCCAUGAACACCUUCUUCGGGAUCAUCUUCGGCAUCGGCAUCUACUUCCUGGCAUUGAACGCAGAGACGCAUGGCGGCCUCGCCGCGUGGCGCGUCAUCAACCUCUUCCUUGGCGGCACGACCGUCGGCAUGGGCUUCGUGGCGUUCGCGUUCAUCGGCACCCCGAGCGAGGUGUGGUGGCUCUCGAAGCGCGAGAAGCGCAUGGCCCACGCGCGCAUUGUGCAGAACGCCACUGGUGGGGGUGAGCAGCACCCGUGGAAGUGGGAUCAGGUGCGCGAGUGUCUCCGUGAUCGCCAGUUUUACCACGCGAUCCUGUACAAUUUCCUCAGCUGCGUGCCGAAUGGUGGGCUGGGCGCUUUCCAGACCCUCAUCUUCAAAUCACUGGGUUUCACGAGCCUCCAAGCCAUCCUGUACCAGCAGCCGUCGAACGCGAUCGGUUGCGUGACCAUCAUCGUAUCCGCCACCACGGUGCGCUACUGCCCUCGCAUGCGCUUCCCUAUCGCCCUCGUGUGUCAAUUCAUCCCGAUGUUCUCGUUCCUCUUCACGGGCCUCGGAUCGCAUCUCGACAGGUGGGCGCGCUGGGCGGUCUUCUCCUUCGUGUCGGUGUUCGCCGUGUCGACGUUCAUGGUGUGGCCUCUCCUCACGGUCAACAUUGCGGGGAGGACGAAGAAGUCGUUCUUUGCGGCCAUUUCGUUGCUGUCGUACUGCGUCGGCAACAUUGUCGGCUCGCAGAUCUUCAUCCCCAAAGACGCACCCCUCUACCUCCACGGCAUGACGGCCUGCGCGAUCGUCAUGGCGGUCAACGCCGUCAACCUGGCCCUCUGGUGGCGAUACUAUGUGACCACGAACCGAUCGCGCGAGGCGGCGUUCCAGACUUCCGGACUGAGCGACGAAGACCGUGCACACGAAACACGCAUUGCAGGCGAGACAGACAUGACGGACAAGCAGAACCCGCAUUUCAGGUACUACUGCUGAGAGUGGGAAGGGUGGACGUGGGGCUGAGAAAGGAUGUGGUUGUAAGGAAUCGAAUCAAAGAAGGUG